AGGCGGAGCGGGUAUCGUAGCGCAGUGCGCUAACCGCUGCUCCACCGCUCCCCGCGAUACAGUAACCGUGGUUGCGCGGUGAACAUCGCCACACACAGCGAGCGAGAGAGACAGAGACGCUCUCUCACGUGCACGGCUUUAGCAGGGACUGCAGGGGAGGAAGGCGCCGGGGGAUUGUUCCGCUUCAGCCACUGCUGCCGCUUCUGUAACCCGGACACGGUGAGGACGCCCUGAAGUGAAAUCUGUCGAUUCGGUGCUCGCCGAAUCGUGACGGCAGCGGGGACUUGGGAUUCGGCACCGCCGCCAACGCCGUUUGGACAGCGUCACCAAAAGCAGGCGUCGGCGCCGGUUCGGCUCGGCGAGGGCCUCGUUCAUGACGCGCCCACGCCCCUCCGCCACCACUUCCACCACCUCCACCGUCAACGGCGAUGGCGGCGUGCCCGGGCACCCACCAAUGACCCCCGACCUCCCGUGACCUUCCCGGCACCGCGCCCAGCGGACAUGCAGCAAAGCCGCGACGUUCGCCCACCGGUGGCGACCCUCGACCCCCCGCCCGCACGGCACCCCCACGGCUCUGACCCCGCCUCGUCGCUUCUGCCGCCGCCGCCGCCGACCCGGCAGCCCGGAGAAGAGUCGUCCCGGGCCUCCGCUGGGCCCUCCCCCGUGAGGCCAGGCGGCGGGGAGGAGGAGGAGGAGGAGGAGGGGGGCGGCGACGUCGAUUCGCCGCAGGACCUCAGCCGCAAGGACGGCGUCGGCGUCCCGGCGGCAGAGCGGCGGUACGAGUGCCGGCACUGCCACCUGGCGACGCGCGACCUGGCGGUGUUCAGCGCGCACGUGGACGCGGCCCACCCGGGCGUGCUCGCCAACCCGCUGUACGUGUGCCGCGCGUGCCGCUUCCGCUCGUCCCUGCGCAGCGAGUUCGACGCGCACAACCGCCGCCGCCACCGCAGCCUCGGCCGCAUGAAGCUGAGGAUCACCAAGAUGCCCGACCGGACCGUGUUGGAGCAGAGCCCCGUGGGGCGAGCGUUGGACGUCGGCGGCGGCGGCGGCGACGACGGAGACGACCGCAGACGCCGUUCCGCGGAGACGUCCCCGGCAACCCCCGCGGUCGCUCAGCCGAGCGACGACGCCGAGGGCGGCGCCGUGCCGAACCCCUCCGGGCUCUCCGCUCGCCGCUCGCCCCGGCCGCCGUUCGAAAAGCCGAACGGCGCCGAACCCCGGCGGCGUUUGACGGACGCGGCGGCGGAGAACGGGGCGGCCGCGCGGGAGCCGGCGGCCAAGACGGCGGCGGCGGCGGCGGCGGUGCCGCGGUCGCGGCAGCACCAACGGCGGCAGGAGGACCGCGCGGGCGGCCUGCAGAUCUUUAACCCCGCGCUGCCGCACAUCGUCCUCAACGCGUCGAAGAUCGCGCAGGGCGACCCGGCGUUCGCGAGCGCCGCGUUCGACGGCGCUCCGGCCGCCGGGCGGGCCCGCGGUGGGGGAGCCGCCGAGGACGACGCCACGACGGCGGCCGCCGCCGGCGAGCGGCCGGCGGCGACGGCCGACGACGACGACGUGGCGGAGGGGGCGGCUCCGGCGACGGACGACGCCGGGCGCAUGGACGGCGACCGGCACCUGCUGGCGGCGUUCGCGCGCUUCCCGUACCCGUCGAGCGGGGACAUCGCGUGGCUGGCGUCGGUGACGCCGUUCGCCGAGGGGCGCCUGCGCGGGUGGUUCGCGGCGCGGCGGGCGGCGCGCGCCAUCAGCUGGUCGCCCGGCGAGAUCGAGGAGCGCCGCAGGAGGCUGGUGGCGAGCACCAUGGCCACGCUGCUGAUGAGCGGCCCCGGGGCGGAGACGCACGAUGGCCCCGGCGCGCAGCCGGACGUUGCUGCCUCCAAGCAGCCGGCCACGGGCGAGGGCCGGCCGCCGUCGGCGCUCGUCGUGGAUCAAGCCGCCGCCGUCACGCCCGUCGAGCUUCCCGCCCCGUCGCCGGACGUUUCGGCGGCGCGAGCGCACGAGUCUUCCUCCUCUUCCUCCUCCUCCUCGCCCUUGGCGCUCACCCUCACCGCGUCGUCCGUCCGGUCGCCCUCUCCGUCGACGGCGCCGUCGGCCUCCUCCUCUUCCUCCUCGUCGUCGCCGCCGCCGCCGCCGCCGCCGGAUCUCGCUCCCCCUUGCGACGCGCCGGCGUUGCCGUCGCCGUGCCGGGGCCCUCGUGGGAAGCACAAGAAGAGCAAGGAGCAGCUGGCGCGGCUCAAGCGCAGCUUCGCGCGCAACCGCCACCCGGACGAGGGCGAGCUGCGGCGCCUCGUGGGCGCCACCGGGCUGGGCCGCUCCGAGGUCAAGAAGUGGUUCAGCGACGGCCGCUACCGCCGGCGCGACGGCGGCGACGGCGCCGGCGGCCGCGCCGGGCCGCGGCGGCCGUCCGCGGCGCGGUUCUUCCAUCGGAACCUGCCGACCAUGUGCCCCCUGGAGUUCGUGGGCAGGAUGAGCAUCGUGGACUCGCUCAACCGCGCGGCCAAGGCGCGGCACCGCCCGCCCGGAGAGGAGGGGGGGGGCGCCGGCGCGGAAGCGAAGGCCGCCGGCGCCGCCGCGGUCACGGCCGCCGCCGCCGCCGCCGAGUACGAGGAGGCGGCGGCGGACGGGCGCCGAGGGGACCGUUCGGAGCCGGGCGGCGCCGGCGAGCGAGCGGCGGGGGAGGCGGCGGAUGCGGACGAGGAGGUGAGCGGUUUCUACGGAGACGAGCCAGCUCGCGUCGGCGCCCGGCCUCGCCCGCCGGCGCUCGACGGCGCCCGGCCGGCCGGCGGGCCGCACCCCGAGCCGCGGGGCCGCCUGAUCGCCAAGAUAAAAAUCCCUCGCGACGGCGGCAACUACGAGCACGUGAAGCCCUCGCUGAGCGGCGAGAUCAGAGCGGGCCUGCGGGGUGGGUGCAGCGCACCCCCUGCACACGCCGCAUACGCUGACCACACGGCGCACACCGUGCGUGCCGCACUCAUUGCACACACCGCACAGUCUAAAUACUCACACUUCACACACUCCGCACACUUCACACACUUCACACACUCCGCACACUUCACACACUCCACACACUCAGAACACUCCACACACUUCACACACUCUCCACACUCCGUGCACUCUGCGCACACCACACAUACCGGCGCACACGAAGCGCACGCCUCGCGCGUCAGUGCACACGGCACACACGCGGCACACGGCACGCUCGCCGCAAACGCCACGCCGACGGACCGACCACGCAGCCGCGAGUUCACGCCGCCGCCGCCGCCGUCGCCCGAGCCGCGCUCGGGGCCCGAGCGCCACCGGCGGCCGGGCAGCCCCGGCCUCCUCGACGCGCCGGGCAGGAGGACGGCCGUGGUGAAGCCGAGCGUGCGGCGUCCCAAGAAGACCAAAGAACAGCUGUCGGUGCUCAAGGCGGUCUUCGGGCAGACGCAGUGGCCCACGCCGGAGGCGUACGUCGCGCUGGUGGCGCGGACGGGCCUGCCGCGCUCCGACAUCGUGCGCUGGUUCGGCGACACGCGCUUCGCCUACAAGCACGGGCAGCUGCGCUGGAUCCGCGGGCAACGCUGCGAGCCGGCGGACGGGCGGGCGGCGGCGGCGGCGGCGGCGGCGGCGGCACGGACGAGGCCGGCGCGCGGCCGCGGGUCGAGGCGGCACGCCGGCGAGUUCCUGCGGUCGCCCGACGGGCACGGCGGCGGCGGCGGCGGCGGCGGCGGCGAUUCCGCGGAGCGCGGGAAAGCGGCGCUGCCGCACAGGUUCCACGUGGACGCGCGGGCCUCGUGCGUGGAGCCGGCGCUGGCGAUGGAGGAGGCCGGGGGUGGCGCCGGUCGCCGCGGGGAAGGCGACGGCGCCGGGGAACGGCGCUAG